GCAGUACGUGCUUGUAAAAAUCAGCAAUUUUCACUUCUCUAUCAAAUUGCCUUACUUCCUGAGGCAGAGAGACAAGAGGGUGUCAGACAUUUACAGUACGUCCACAAGAUUUUUUCAAAGGCUGUAAGAUAUCCUCUUGCGAAGAACAGAGAGAUGAGGCACAAUCAUGGAGACUUGUCGAGUAAUUGCUGGGAGUCACUGAGAAUACAUUAGUGACCAAAGUGAAUUUAUGUAUAGUCAAAGGAGGGAGGGAAGGAGGGAUGGUAGGCGGUGCUCCAGGCACCCAAGAACAGCCUGUGCAACAGUGGAAAUAGAGAUUGAGGGAAUAGGAGAGUGAGGGGUUAAGUGCUUGUAAGUGUGCCUGGCAUCAUACAGAAGACGGUCCAAGUGCUAGAGAGAGAUGCUAGGGAGAGAGAUGCUGGAAAAGGAUGUAAAAGGGCGAGGCAUCUGCAUGACUGUGUCUGGACACGAGGAUGUCACCCGCAACCAUGCUGAGCCCCAAGAUAAAACAGGUUCGCCGAGCACGUUCUAAGAGCAUGGUCUUAGGAGAUUUGUCUGGGGUCUCCAGACCUUGCUCCCCUCUUGACCGAGAGAAAGUGUUGAAGGCAGGCUGGCUGAAGCGACGGCGCAUUAUCAUGAAAAACUGGCAACUACGGUGGUUUGUCCUCAAGGCUGACAUUUUGUAUUUCUACAAAGACCAGAAUGAAACCAAGGAACAGGGUUGCAUUCAUCUCAAAGGCACCCAGGUUAAUGAGCUGACCACCAAUCAAGAUGAUUCAAGCCGUCAUUUAUUUGAAAUUGUUCUAGGAGGUGACGCAGAACGCGAUCGUAACCAUGAAUCCUUCCUGCUGAUGGCUAACUCUGAGAGCGACUUGGAAGAAUGGGUCAGAGCGAUACACAGAGCAAUAUGGGUCCCACUCGGAGGAGGUAUCUUCGGCCAGCACUUAGAGGAGACUAUGCUUAAUGAGGCACAGUGUGGUCCCCAAGGAAGGGUGCCGGCGCUGGUUGAGCGGUGCGCGCGUUUCAUACGUGACCACGGCCUUCGAGAAGAAGGCCUUUUCAGGGCCCCCGGCCAGACCAAUCAUGUUAAAGAACUGCAGGAUGCGUUUGACCGUGGUGAGAGUCUCUUGUUUGACAGUAGCACUGACGUCCACACGGUGGCGUCACUCUUGAAGCUUUAUUUACGGGAGCUGCCGGAGCCUGUCAUCCCUUUCACCAAGUAUGCACAGUUUCUCUCUUGUGCAUUGCUACUCAACAAGGACAGAGACAUGGGUAUCAUAGCGCUUGGCAAGCAGGUAAAAUCACUUCCCAAGGUCAACUACAACCUUCUUGAAUACAUCUGUCGGUUUCUCGAUGAAGUCCAGUCUCAUUCCGAUGCCAAUAAGAUGAACGUCCAGAACCUCGCCACUGUAUUCGGCCCAAACAUGCUUCGGCCCAGAGUGGAGGAUCCCGUUACCAUGAUGGAGGCAAGUUCUCAGGUGCAACAGCUGAUGACUGUGCUGAUCAGUGAAAAUGCCAGACUGUACCAGCUGGAAAACACCGAUACUGUGAUCGAGAAUUCUUUGCUGCAUCAAAAUGAUUCCAUCCAAAGAGGCAAAGUGGAAUGGCUAAAACAAGAGCCUGCCGAAUAUCCGGUGGAAUCCAACACAGGUACGGAAAUACCUCAGAAAACUCCUCAACCUUGUACACCCUCAAAGGACAAUAAGCUAACACCAUCCAUCACUACCUCUGAGCCCGAUGAAAGUGUUCUAGUGAAGAGUAAGGCAGAGGAAAAUGGGGUCGGUCACCCAAAUCACAAAGAAGAGGCCAGCGCUAGCCCCGCUAAGCAGGCCAGAGUCCUCUCUGCAUGGAAAUGCUCUUUUAAGGGCAGUUCCGUGGGGCAGAGGGGAAACAUCGGGGGAUCAGCGGGGGACGUGUCAGCAACAGGUGCUGGUAACUGGUUGAUGAAUGGCCUGUCGUCCCUCCGAGCACACAGACGCACCACGUCAUCUGGCGCAAAACUAAAAGACUCUGCUCCAUUGCUGAAGGAUUCGACCCUGUCGCUGAAAGAGACCGCAGCGAGAGACGCCGAGAAGGACGCCUCUUGGACGCCGCCCUCUCAGAGAGCCCUUCACCAGUCGCACCGAUUGUCCGCCUAUGAUAAUGUCGCUCCCUCCACACUAAGUUUACCGGCUCAAACCUCUUUAAUCUGGACUGCUUUCGAUAUCUCGCUGGCUGAGCCGGGAGACGCCCAAAACACAGCGAGUGACGGUACAUCACCUCCAGGUCACGAGCCAAGUACUGCUGAGGAUGACGUUCUAACAAACAUCGUAUUAGAGUUACAAGAAGAACUGAAGACACAGAGAAUCACCUUUGAAUGCAGCGCUCGCAAGUUGGAGGAGAACUGCCGUAAGCACCAGGCCCGAGUAAACAAACUUGAGGAGGAGCUCGACCAUGAGAGAAAGCGGUUCGACAUGUUGGAGAUCCGAUUCAGGAACUCGGAGCGCGCACGCCAAGACGCAGAGAAGCGCAAUGUGCUACUCCAAAGGGAGAUGGAAGACUUCUUUAAAACGCUACAAGACUUGACAACAAAGCCCAUUUAGACCGAACCAAUUUGUCAUUAUCUAGUUUUAGCCAAAGCAGUUUCUCGACGCUCAAUAAUUGCUAUAUAGAAGUCGAGCGUCAAUUCAUACGGCUUAAAGCUUUGCCAUGGCCAAACAUUUUGCAUAGUUAGGAGGCAAAUGCCUGGUUAACGUGACAAAAUCAGACAGGCGGUGCUAUUAUGAUUGCGGAUGGUUGACACUUCUAUCGGUGCCAAAGUGUCAAAUCUGCACUUUUAUCCAGAGUCUCACCAAAAUGUUUAGGGUGCCAAAAAUGUAUUACCUCUGGACAAUUCGUUUUGUUUUUUUAAAAGCAUUGUUGCAUAACUUAUACAGUGUCUUCCCUUUUGGGAGAGCACCAGGGCUGGACUGGCACAAAAAAAUUGGUCCUGGUAUUUUGGCUCAGACCGACCUACAAGCAGAAAUGUACGCGCAAUGACUGUGGAUGGUUUGACAAACAACAAAUUCUCAGUCGUGUUGUUUGCUUGCUAUGGUGUAAAAAUAAUGGAUAUAAUUGACACCGUGUCAAUUCUAAAGACAGAUUCUUAUCCAAUUUGUAUUCAGACAUUCCUCCUGAUUAUCCCUGGCUACAACAUAGCUCUGCCACUCAUAUCGAUGGGUUCAGUUUUAUCAUCUAUAUUGGAAAUGGAUCCAUAGGCUGCUCCCUCUAUUAAUUGCGGGCCGGUCGUCAGGGCGGGAAAAAAAUAGAGGAAAAUAAUUAAAUAGCAGCACAUCAGUCCCAAAGGAUGCCGGUCCACCAAGCAUCUGCCACAUGGCCAGUCCAGCCCUGGAGAUCACCAAAAAACAAUAAGAAUUAGCUUUAUUCAUGACAGACACUCUUAACCAUUCACACACAUCCAUCCAUUUUCUAUGCCGCUUGUCCUAAUCAGGCUGACAGGAGCUUGAGCCUGUCGCAGCUGACUUUGGGCAAUACGCAUGAUGAACUGGUUGCCAUCCAAGAGAAUGAGCUACCCUUCACACCUAUUGACAAUUUAGUCUUCAAUGAACCCAAAAUGCAUGUUUUCGGAAUGGGGGAAGGGCCUGGAGAAAAGUCACACACGCACGUGGAGAACACACUAAUUCCACACAUGAAUGCCCGACCCCACAUAUGCACAACCUAUAAACUGUGAGGUGUGUGCACACCACUUUCCCACCAAAAUGAUUAAAAAAAUGAACAAGGACACUUGUUCAAAUUCAACUCUUUUAUUGACUUGAGUUGAAGGUGGACAGUUUUCUCUUUUCAUCAUGUAUUGUAUGCAGACCGUGCCAUACAAUUUUCCAUUCAAAAAAAAAAAUCUCAGGUUGAAUAUUUUGUCGCCAGCGCUUUACAGCCCAUCAGAAGACCGACUUACCCUCCCAAUAAUGCUGAAUGACUUUCUUGUUCCUGCACUUCAUUCAAUGUGCGAAGAGUACAUUAUAUUUGAGUAGGUUCAGGAGAGGAAACCAAUCAACAAAAGAGGCAGCCAAAGCAGUCAUUGAAGAUAUAGCCCAGAAAAUGUGAGGCUAUGCAUCACAAUCCCCCCAAAUACAUUCUGGGAGCAAGUGAAGUUACUGCAUGGAGUGCCCGAACAUGAUCAUUAUAAAGACGUAACACACUGGUAAACUUGAGUCAUCAAACACACAAGAAAGGGAGAGACUGUGGUGGCGGCCUUAAAAAUUACUUGUUUUCUAACUCCCACACAUAAAGUACAUCUACAGUAUCAUGUACAUCCCAUCGACUACUCUAACCUACCUAUGGUAUUGCACAGAAAACAACGUUUGAGCUAUAGGAAACAAAAUGCAUUAGAAACAGUACUUUUGAGCUACAUGUACAUUACAUACAACAAAUGCAUUUGCACUUGGAAUAAAUAAAUAAAUAAUAUAUACAGAACAAAAGUCAAUCUUUGUUUGUGUGAUAUGCAUACUGUAGCGUCAAAAACGUGUGUGUGUGUGUGUGUGUCUGUUCGAGAGGUAGAACGCAACCUGCCACAGAGAGCACAUAAAAAAAAUCUGUGAACUUAGUAAGGGCACUUAAAUAAUAAAAAUAUUAAAUACCAGACGCCAUUCCAAAAAUGAUUCACUUCAUAACUAUGCAUUAAUUUUGGAGCCAGUGAGUUGGCCUGUGUUGAUCACUUACAUUCACCCUUUUCUUUAACUGAAAACUUUGAGUUGAAUAUGCAAAAUACGUUUACAGCAUG